UUGCCCCGCCCUCCGCCUCCUCUCCCCUCCCGCGAAGUGCCCGGAUGUGAGCAGCCCAACCGCCAUCUUCCCGCCUCAGCUGGAGAGAUCCGCAGCGUUCGGGGAGAGCGAGAGUCCAGCCGCCGCUCCACAGUCCCUGCCGAGCCGCCCCGCCCCGCCAGCCCGUCUCCCUCAGCAUCCCGAGAGAUGUCGGCUCCUGCUGCUCCUGCCACCGCACCCCCUGCUGCCGGAGGAGAGGGGGGCGGCCCUCCUGCCCCACCCCCCAAUCUCACCAGUAACAGAAGGCUGCAGCAAACGCAGGCUCAGGUUGAUGAGGUAGUGGAUAUCAUGCGCGUGAACGUGGACAAGGUGCUCGAGAGGGAUCAGAAACUCUCGGAGCUGGACGACCGCGCUGACGCACUGCAGGCUGGAGCAUCCCAGUUUGAAACCAGUGCAGCCAAGCUCAAGCGCAAGUACUGGUGGAAGAAUCUAAAGAUGAUGAUAAUUCUGGGGGUGAUAUGCGCCAUAAUCUUGAUCAUUAUCAUCGUUUACUUCAGCUCCUAGUGGAAUUUACGGAGCCAUGUCCCAUCCAGGAGCAGCGGCCGGGAGAGGCAUGAGGGGCAAAGCAUCCCCCCCUCUAGAUCUCAGCCAUAUCUUCCAGCCCCGCCUCCCCCCCAUACAUCCCUUACACCCGCCCUUCCCAGACCCGAUCCCCACCCCAGUGUGUGUGUGCAUUGCGUGUGGGUGUCUUGUAAAUAGCCUGAUUUGUUAUUUAUACAUAUAUAUAUAUAAUAUAAUAUUAUAUUUUGUCUGUUUGUAGAUUUAUUACUAGACUUUCCAUGUGUCAUGGAAUCUUCCCUUCCUUUCUUCUGCCAACCCCUAACUUCUCUCUCUGACAGUGUUUUUUCAGUGUCUUGAUUUUUAACUAAAAUCUUCAAGGACCAAUAAUUCCCUGUGAUCCAAAGUUCCCUAACCCUUCUCCCAAUUAGCUGGGCUCAGAAACUCCUAAACAUCCACCACCACCACCUUUUUCCAAAACGGCCAUCUGGGUACUAAUGGCCAUGUGUCUUGGAUUGUGGAUCCUCCCCCCUCCUUUCCUUUAUAUGUCUGAAAUUUCAGGACUUUCAGUAGGAAGUGUGAGGUCUUGAGAGACUCUUGCUGCCUAUAAGUGCUGCGACUUCCGACUGGACUGUGGUGUCAAAUGUCAGGAAUUUCUUUGCCAGCUCUUCCCUUUUUUCUGUCAACACCCCCCCCCCCCCGGGAAGAAUCUGCGCUCUUUGUGAUCUUCUGUAACAUUCCUGGAGUUGUGCUGUGUGAUGUAUCUUCAGAGUAACCAACACUACACCUUAUCACCCCUCAGAUUCAGGGGCCAGUGCUGUGCAAGAAUCCUGCAACAGCCGUCUUGGCUCCAUGCUUCAUCCUCUGAAUAAAGGAGAGGCAGCUGAUUUUCCUGCCAUAAAUAUCCUAAAUGAAAACUGCCUCUUUUUAAACAAACAAGGUAGUAAUGUGUACAUUCCACUCCAGUAAAGAAGGUGAGGUUAUUUAAGAACAGGAGGGGAUGGUUGUCCACAUGCUUUCCAGAAUAACCCCCAAUACCUUCUCUUGUUGCGUUCACUGCCUAUUUGUCUGGAAUUGGGUUGUGUUCAUGUGUGUCUUCGGGUAGCGAGGAAGAGGGAGUGUGGCUUUUAGUUCCUUUCAGAAGUGUGCGUAUGAGUGGGGAAGCAUAUUGAAAGCACAGAUAACUUUAGCAGAUUUGAUGUCAUGUAAUACAGGGAUCAGGAGGGGGGGUUAUUUAAAGUUGGUGUGUGGAGCAUUGCUGUUUAAUAAUCUCCAGCAUUAGAAAAGAUCCCCUCUCUCCAGUCCUGAGAAUUAAAUUUGGGUAGGCACAUUGUAUGUUUGUGUCUUUGCCCUAUAGUGAAAUAAUGACUUUUUAUGGCUGCUCUUUCAGCUUCUGAAAGGAACUGCUGGCAAGGAAGGAGGCUGCGUGUAGUACGUGUGUGUGAGUGGAGAGGCUGAGUAGGGCGGAGGAGAGCUUGAAUACUGGCUGUCUGGGGGAACCCCUCUCUGCCCCCACUUUUCCUUCCUCAUCCAAGUUCAGCCAGAUCAGCUUCGCAAACUUUGUAAUUGUGAUAUUGUGGUGAGUGACACCCUCCAAAUCCCUGUGUAGCACAAACUGCCACCUUCCUUGGCCUGUUUAUAAAGUCGGCAAUAUGUGACCCUUUAAUUUUUUUGGUACAUCUCCCCCUCCCUUCUCUCCUCCUCCUCCUCCCCCCCUUUCUCCCGAGGGGGGGGUGGGAGAAAGAUUUUCCCGAUUGACUCUUCUGUUCCAAUUGCUUCCUCGAGACCAAGGAAUUUCAAGAGGAAUGAAGAGAGGAGCAACUUCUUGGGACACCACGGCUUGGCAAGUUGGGCGCCCAUGCCAGUUUGGAGGGAAAUCUUGGCAUGCGGCUGCCCCGCUGGCAAAGAAUGGGUGGUGGGACAACGCACGUUGGGAGGGGGCUAGCAGCCUGAUAACGUCCUGGCUCCUGAGAUGGAGGGAACCACCGAGCCAAGGGCGUUAGAUGACUAGCUCCCAGCUCCCUUCCGACAGCUUGCUGAGAAGGUUGCUGGGGUCUGCUUUGGUGGGUGUCUGGAUUGUGAACUGCUGAGGAAGAGAUUCCUGAGGGGGGCAAGGCUUUUGAGGUAUCUCCUUGAAUAACAAGUAGCGAUAGUGAGAGUGCAGGUCCUUGACGCAUCGUCUUCCAUAUGUACUGUGGAGAAGGGUGUGUUUGUUAAGGCAGUAGUAUGGGGGGGGGAGAAGAGGCUGCAUUUCCCUAGCUGGACAGCAGGUGUCACUGCUGCUCUCCAGCUGUCGGCACAGUCCUCCAGUUCACCAAGAAAAUCUUUGGUGGGGAGAGGGAUGAGUUAAGAUGGAAAGAAAUAAUUCUAAGGAGUGUGAUAGAAUUGGGGGGGGGGGUGAGGAAGGGCCCUUUGUUUUGUUGUUGCCCCCUCUUCCUCAGCAGGCCUGGGUUAUGCAGAAAGGGAUUGGACCUAUUAUGGACAUACCCAGGAGUGACCAUGUUGUGAAAAAAAAUGAAAUUUGGAGAGGGGGAAAAUCGUACAAUAAAUGUCCUGUGGAGAACGCCCAAA